AUGGAAGAGGAAGAUACAAAUGAAUUGCCUUCCCUAUGGAAUGGUACAUGGGAUUGCUUGAUCGUAUUUCUCAUUUUACAUGUAGGAUACAUGAUCGGUACAAAUGCAUUUCCAGAGAUGGUUUCAAUUGAAUCAACAUCUCACUAUAUUGGCAAAUAUAUGCCUUUUAUCUUUCGCGAAUUACCAAAGUAUUGCACUCUCACAGAUUGGCUUGAUAUAGAUUAUGUGAGAAAACAGUUGGAUUCAGUUAAUUAUUCACGAUGUUCUCUUUGCAAUACCCUCACAAGACAAAAUGAUUCGGAUUCAACCAAACGAAACUUAAUACUCGGUUUUGCAAUGGGACAUAAGCAAUACAAUUUAAUUACAAUGGCUCGAACACUGAGAACUGUUUCAAGUAAAGCUACAUUCAUAAUAUUUGUUGAUAAUACGAUGUUUUCAAGUACAUUAUCCUAUUCAGAGCUAGAAGAAUUGAAAAAAUGCGGAGUAAUUUUAUUUAAUAUCGGCAGUACUAUUAAAUACAGGGAUAUUCCUGAGAUAACAAGCAGAUUUGUAUUAUUUUCUGCAUUCCUCCAUAAGUUUUCUUCCGAUUUUGAUAGAGUUAUCAUGGCUGACUUAUAUGAUACAUAUUUCCAACAAGAUCCAUUCUGUAAGGCAUUUUCACUUACAACUGGUUUCCAUGCCACUGCAGAAAAUGUACAAAUCUUAUCAAGUCCACCAAAUAGACAGUGGAUCUCGCAACAUGAUCCUAAUUUCUCAUAUGAAAAGUAUCGAGGCCGUAAAGUUAUCAAUGGCGGACUCCAAUAUGGUGAUAUUAAGUCAACACUUACUUUUCUUGAAAGUUAUAUUGAUUAUAACUUUUGGUUCAAUUAUUCAAGAGGUAAAAUGGAACAAGCAAUGAUGAAUAUUAUGUAUGUAGAAGGAAGACUUCCAAAAUGUUUCAUUCCUGAUUAUGAUGCGAGUAUUAUGAUCUCUGCAACACAUUGGUACUUUGAUCGUGAACCAAAUAAGUUUGGAAUGUUCAAAACUAAUGGAGUUUACCCUGUAACAAUUCACCAGUACAACAGAAUCACUCCAAUUAGAAAUUAUCUUCCAAAACUUUGUCCUCCACUUGGUAAUUGGCAGAAGAAUCCAUUUGGCCAUCAUACGUUUACGACACAAUACUAA